CAACGCCAUUUUUGAGCUUUGGUUUUGGUUCAAGGUUAAGACUAAAAUAUGAGACAAACCCUCAAUUUAAUUUCAAGUCAAGGAUGCAAUCAGCGGCGCCGCUGUGAAUAAUAGGCCAUACACAGCACGCUGAAUCAACGGCAUCACUCGACUCACCGUCACCGACAACAAAUGGCCGAAGCAGUUCUCUUCAACACUGCUGAGGGUAUCAUGAAGAGUUUGGGCUCUCUUGCUCUUCAAGAGAUUGGGUUGCUCUGGGGUUUCAAAGAUGAACUCAAAAAGCUCGGGAACACAGUUUCCACUAUCCAAGCUGUGCUUUUGGAUGCGGAGGAACAGCAGGCCAAGAACCACGCGGUCAAAGAUUGGCUUGGAAAGCUCAAGGAUGCCAUCUACGAAGCCGAUGACUUGCUGGAUGACUACUCCACUCAACUUCUACGGCAACAAGUGAUGACUCGGGAUAACAAGGCAAAACAGGUACGCAUCUUCUUUUCUAAAUCGAACCAGCUUGCAUAUGGCCUUAAACUGGGUCAUAGGAUCAAGGCAGUUAGGAAGAGACUUGAUGACAUAGCAGCUGAUAGGAUCAAAUUUCACUUUACUGAGCGCCUUCUAGGGACACAGUUUGAGCAUAGGAAGAGAGGUGAUACACACUCUUUUGUACGUGAGGAAGAAGUCAUUGGGAGAGAGGGUGAGAAGAAGGCUGUUAAAGAGCUGUUAUUUGAUUCCCAUGUGAAAGAGAACGUUUCCAUCAUUCCUAUUGUUGGGAUUGGUGGACUAGGCAAGACCACGCUUGCUCAAUAUGUGUUCAAUGACGAGGAGGUUCAAAGACAUUUUGAUUUAAGACUGUGGGUGUGUGUCUCUGAUCCUUUUGAUGUGAAAACUAUUGUUCAAAAGAUCAUAGAAUGUGUGACUAAAAGAAGAUCCGAAAGCCUUGAGAUGGAUUUGUUGCAAAAUCAGCUUCGAGCAGAAAUUGAGGGGAAGCGAUAUUUACUUAUUUUAGAUGAUGUGUGGAGCGAGAAUCGUGGUACAUGGUUGAACUUGGAAACACUGUUAUUGGGUGGCCUGAAGGGAAGCAAAGUUUUGAUUACUACACGUAGCAAAAGAGUUGCAGAGAUUACAUGCACAUUGUCACCGUUUUUUUUGGGAGGUCUAUCCGAAAGCAAUUCUUGGGAUUUAUUUAAGAAAAUGGCAUUUAAAGACAAAGAAGAGCCAAAGAAUCCAAAGCUAGGAGAAAUUGGAAGGGAGAUCGUACAAAAGUGUGCACAAGUUCCCCUUGCUAUAAAGAGCAUAGGGUGUCUAUUAUACUUCAAAAAUUCGGUGGAUGAUUGGUUGUACUUUAAAAACAAUGAACUUUACACAAUAACUCAACAAGACAAUGAUAUUCUCCCAAUACUUAAGUUGAGUUAUGAUCAUCUCCCGUCACAAUUGAAGCAAUGUUUUGCAUUUUGUUCGUUGUUUCCAAAAGAUUAUGAAAUCGAGGUGGAGGUGUUGAUUCAGCUAUGGAUAGCUCAAGGCUUUCUUCAUUCAUCAGAUGGAAAUAGACAUCCUGAAGAUAUUGGUCACGAGUAUUUUAUGGAUUUGCUUUGGAGGUCGUUUUUCCAAGACAUACAAAGAAAUGUAUAUGGUGACAUAGAAAGAUGCAAAAUGCAUGACCUUAUUCAUGAUCUUGCACAAUCAGUAUCAGGGGACGAGUGCAUAAUUUCAAAUCCAGAUGCAGAAAAAGUAGUUGAAAGAACUUUCCAUGUGGCAUUUGAUUCUUUAAAUUCAUUACCAGAUAUUCCAGCUCCCUUGCUCAAGGCAGACAGAAUGAGAACGCUUCUUCUGCGUCUUCCAAUAUUUUAUGGAUACGGUUGGUUAGUACUUGAGGGGAAUAAGCCAGUCUAUGAUACACUUAUUUCAAGUUUUAAAUGCUUGCGUGCCUUGAAUUUGAGUGGAUCAAAUAUUCAAGAAGUGUCGAAUUUAAUUGGCAAGUUAAAGCAUUUAAGAUUUCUUGAUCUUUCUUGGAAUGAAGAUAUCAAACUACUCCCCUCUUCCAUAACUCAAUUGCAGAAUUUGCAAACACUAAGACUUGACUUUUGUAGUGGGCUUAAAGAAUUGCCAGAAGACAUUGGAAAUUUCAUCAGCCUUAGACAUCUUACAUUUAAUGGGUGUGACAGCUUGACUCAUAUGUCAUAUGGACUGGGAAAGUUGACUUCUCUUCAGACACUGUCGUCAUACAUUUUAGGGAAGAAAGAAAGUUAUGUCUCCAAAACAAAGGGUGGGCUAGGCGAUUUGGAUGGUUUGAAUGACUUGAGAGGAGAAUUAUGCAUCAAGGGUUUAGAGCACUUGAGAUCAUCUCCAUUAGAAGCCAAUGCUGCAAACUUGGAGAGGAAGCAAUACCUUCGAGGUCUGGUAUUAGAAUGGGGCCCUGAAGCUUGUGACGAUAGUCAUAAGGAAAUUGCAAAUGAUGAACACCUGUUGCAAAACCUUCGGCCACACCUAAAUUUGAAAGGAUUAGAUAUAUAUGGGUAUGCUGGUAUGGGGUUAUCUAGCUGGGUGUCCUCGCUCUCAAAUUUGGUUUUUAUUACCAUAAGCAAUUGUAAAUGGUGCAAUCAUAUCCCACCAUUGGAUCAAUUCCCUUUUCUCAAGCGUCUUAGUCUUACGUACUUAAGUGCACUGGAGUACAUAAGCAAUGAUGGUAGUGACGUAUCGUCUUCGUCCCUCGAAAGUCUCUGGCUUGAGAAUUUGCCUAAGUUGAGGGGAUGGUGGAGAAUGGGGGAAGCAGUAACAGCAGAGCAUGAGCAUGAGCAACAUCAUUAUCUUCCAUUAUUCCCAUCAUUUCCUUGCCUUUCUUCUUUACAUAUCGUGGAUUGCCCUAUGAUGUCCAUAAUAUCAGCCGCAACAACCAAGGCAGCACCAGGGAGCCAAACAACACCCUCCUCUUCCUCUUCCCUUUCCACUCUCUCCAAAUUGAAGUCUCUUCGUCUUGGGGGUUUAGAGGAACUUGAAUCUCUGCCAGAGAAGUGGCUGCAAAAACUCACUUCUCUUGAGACUCUGAAGAUGUGGGGGUGUCGUAAAUUGCAAAUAUCCAUGUCUCCACUCUUUCAACAUCUCAUUGCGCUUGAAGAUCUAUGGCUUUCUAACUGCAGGGAACUUAUCAGCAAUGAGGAUGAAGAGGGCUCACAAUGCCUUGGACCUCCAACACUUCGUCAUCUAUAUGUAGAAAAUGUUACAAGCUUGGUGUCUCUUCCAAGGGAGCUCAGACAUGUUACCACUUUGCAAUGGCUUGACAUUGAGAAUUGUCCUACACUGAGGUCUUUACCGGAGUGGAUAGGCGACCUCACUUCACUUCAGACGCUUCAGAUCCUCGAUUGUCCAAAUUUAAUAUCACUGCCUGAAGGGAUGCAUUGCCUCACCUCCCUACGUCAUUUGACAAUUGCGAGGUGUCCUCGCUUGGAGGAAAGAUGUGAAGAAGGAAUAGGAGAGGAUUGGCCAAAAAUUGCUCACAUCCCCAACUUUUCGAAUCAGCGGUUCUUCUACUAAUCGUAUGGAAUGGAUCCAUAGCCUAAUGCACCAAUUUUUCUUCAGAGAAACAUGCAUAGAAAAGAAUCAAUUCAUGAAAUGGGUGUGAGAAUCAUUGGGGGAUUUCUGCAUUAUGCUCGGAUAUGUUAGCUUCACUUGUAGACAAAACAAUGGACACUAUACAGAGCACUUCCAUGAUGAGGAAGUUUGGGUGAGUAAUGUUGCAUGAAUGACGAUGAGCUGAGCUGCUGAGCCGCUGAGCCUGUAGAAAGGGGACAUUCAGUUAACCAUAUUUUGCAUUUUUAUAUAGUAUUCUGCCUACAAUUUGGUGACACUUUUUAUCGUCAUUUAGAACUUGAAAGAUAUGAUCCAGAAUCAGUUGUCCUUAAAAACCAAGUAACAAGUAUUUUGCAUUUGCUGGUUCUUACACUUGCUUGAAAGAAUUUUAACCCCAAAAGACAGCGUGAACUUCUGUAUUGAAGCUUAUGUAUGAUGCCCUUGAAAUUGAUAGAAUGGGUUGGGGAAAUUGACAGCAUUGCUUCAUUUAUUGUUAUACUAUUUUGAAGAUCCAUUGAUGAGGCCUUUGGGC